UCAACCACUCAUUUUUCAAAACAACACUAUUCCACCCAUUUUCAUUUUCCGAAAAUGGGGGCCAAACAGAUACUAGUGGGAUUUACUUAGCAUUGUUAAAUUUCUGAAUUUGCUUAUUACAUUGUGCAUUUAUGAUUUUAUUAUUAUUAUUACUAUUUUUUUGAGAUUUUAAUUUACACUCAACUGUCAUGAAGUGCAUGGUUUCCACUUGAGCCCCAGAGGUUUUUGUGCAUGGUUUCUCUUUGACAUUUAAUGCUGAAACUGGAUAUUAGAUAUUUGCUGUCUUCUCUCUUUAAUAUUUGUCCCUUGGCCUACUAUAUUUUUUAACCUGUUAAAUUUUCUGGAUAAUUUCUGUUGGGCUGCUUUUCAAGGUGAUUCACUUGGUUGGCAUUUUACGUUGCUUUGUUUCUAUUAAUUUAUCAUUUCAGAAUUUCGUUAUUUUUCUACAACUUUUUGGUUGAUUGUAAGACAGUUUAGUUUUAUUUACUGAAUUUUUUAUGGUGCAUCUCUCUGGUCUUGUUAUAACAGUUCUAUGCUUUUGACCUUAUAUUUUUUUAUGUUCGCAAAGAGCAAGGAUGUCUGAGUUUGCAAAAGUUGUCAGUUUAGAGUUUCCACUGGGCUAAAAAGUUCACAAUCUUGAUAAAGGAAACUUUUAGAUAGUUGAAAGUGCGAGGAUUUCUCUUUAUCGAUGAUAACUGAAAGCUCUCAAGGAUGUCUGAAUUUGCAAAAGUUGUCAGUUUAGAGUUUCCACUCGGCUAAAAGUUCAUGUUCUUGAUAAAGGAAACUUUAAGAUGGUUGCUAGUGUAAGAAUCUCUUUAUUGAUGAUGGCUGAAAGCUCCCAAGGUUGGAAAAUAAGAUAGCUCUCCUGUUGCUUUCUCCUGAUCCUUGCUCGAGUAGUAUCUAAUAUGAUCUUGAGUUUUCGUGUAUAAUUAUUUUGGACCAACAGGAGGGUUCCUUAAUAUUUUUCGAAUUAGCUCUUCUUGCUAUCGAGCAUUGAGGUGGGAUCCUUUAUUCAAUAGAUAAAUUUCUUGUGUCCACGCUGGCGGAUAGUAUGCGUAGAAUCUGUGAAUUGGGUAAUGCCCCUGUCUAGAUUUCUUGCUGAUGCACUUGGUGUGGUGACGAUUUGUCUUGUUGUUGUUCUGGUCCUUCUGGGUAUAUUCUGCAUCGUGUAUUCGUUUUACUUCCAUGAUCGGAUCCAUGGUCAAGGUCUUGUUCGGCUCAACUACUUUAGUGGUCCUUGGAUUAUCAGAAUUACAUUCAUCUUUUUUGCGGUUUGGUGGGGUUUUGGAGAGAUUAUUCGGUUAAAUCUGUUGAGAGGGGAGGGAAGAGUCCUGAAUUCCCUCAACUUGAAACGUCAGAAAACUGUUUGCAAAUGCUAUGUUGUUUCAAAUCUCGGGUUUGCCGAACCAUGCCUGAUCCUCAUUCUCAUAUUUCUACUUCGUGCAACCUUGCAGAAGUCUGGAACAUUAAGCCGGAGGUGGAAUGCAAAAACAGCUGCUUAUGUGCUUCUUUAUUGUCUCCCAAUAUUUGUUCUUCAGGUGAUUGUAAUUCUAAUUGGAACAUGGCAUAACAAGGAGAGUUUUGUGCACAGAUUACCUCCUUAUUUCACCAAGGCUUCAGCUUUUUCUAAAACAAAGGACAAUGAUAAUGUUGCCCUCUGCACUUACCCUCUGUUGAGUACCGUUGUCCUUGGUCUUUUUGCCACCCUCCUAACAACUUACUUGUUCUGGCUUGGGAGACAAAUUCUUCAUUUGGUCAUCAAUAAGGGUUUACAAAAGAGAGUGUAUACACUAAUCUUUUCUAUUUCUGGUUUUUUCCCAUUACGAGUUCUUCUUCUUGGAUUAUCUGUGCUAUCAGAGCCGGAUAAACUUUUAUUUGAUGCUAUUUCAUUCUUAGCUUUUCUUUCCUUUUUAUGUUGUGCGGUGGUGGCCAUCUGCAUGCUCGUGUACCUCCCCAUUGCAGAUUCUUUAGUCUUGAGGAGUCUACAAAGAGAUAUAGAGGCUAUGAGGUUUAUUGAUGAAUAUGAUUCACUAAUUCAUUAUGAAGGCCCUUCCAGAACAAGUAUGCUCACUAGUCCUGGGAGAAAUUCAGCUUCUUUGGAAAGGAGUGGAUCGAUAUCUUUUCGUACGAUGGUAAAAGAUGAAACCUCUGGGGCAUUUGUGGAUGUGAGCCUAUUUACUCCUAGUCAGCCUUCAACCCCAUCCGGGUCACCUAAACUUGUUGGCUGGCCUAUGCUCUCACCUUCAUAACUUCAUGGAUCUUAAAAGCUAAUGAGGAGGGUAUAACAUUUUUGGGGUGAAUGAAAACUCUGUAAAGGAUUGCUGAUUUUGUUUCUGUAAAGGAUUGCUGAUUUUGUUUUGUUAUUGACAUUAUGACAUAGGUUUGCUUGUUACUCAUCUAUGCUUUUUUUUAGGUGGAUCUCUUGUAUCUGUAUCUAUCAACAGUUGACAGUUUUAUAACAAUUAGCCUUUGUUUGAGCUCCA